UGGCGCGAUUUCACCCUGGAGCGGUACGCGAUGCUCUCUCACGCCGACCUCCUGGAUGCUCGGCUGGGUGAGUUAUCAUCACUAAACUCCGGCCCUAAACUCCAGUGGAUGAAGGAUGCUGCAGAGUUACUCGGACACCGGGAGGCUCUCAAGUGCAGGCUGGGUGGUGGGUUGCAAGACCAGGGGCAUCCUGGAGACAUGGCCCCUGGUUCAGACUCUGUAGAGGGAACCACUCUCCUGCCGGGAGAAGAUAUCGCCACGGUGGGAUCCAACUCUGCCGGCAUGCAAGUGAACGGGAAGGAGCAGGAGAAGCAGCAGCAGCAGCAGCAGCCGCAGCAGAGCUCCAGUCAGUCCUCCAGCAAACAGAAGCGCCACAGGACGCGUUUCACCCCGGCGCAGCUCAACGAGCUGGAGCGCAGCUUCGCCAAAACCCACUACCCUGAUAUCUUCAUGAGGGAGGAACUGGCACUGAGGGUCGGCCUCACCGAGUCCAGAGUUCAGGUAAACACAUCUGCAGUUCAGGUUUGGUUUCAGAAUAGACGCGCCAAAUGGAAGAAAAGGAAGAAGACCACCAACGUUUUCCGCUCGCCGGGGACGUUGCUCCCAACGCCGGGUCUGCAGCAGUUCUCUGCCGCGGCUGCAAUGGAGAACAGCCUGUGCUCCUUCCACGCCAACGACUCUCGCUGGGCCACGGGGAUGCCGGGGGUCUCCCAGCUGCAGCUCCCGCCGUCCAUGGGUCGCCAGCCGGGCAUGCAGUCUCUGUCACAGUGCGGCCUUGGUCCUGGCCCACCAAACUCCAUGGGUCUCUCCAACGGCCUGAACCCAAAUGGCAAUCUGCAGUCACACCUCUACCAGUCGCAUUUCCCCGGAAUGUCGGCCUCUCUCUCCGGCCCCUCAAACGUAUCGGGCUCCCCGCAGCUGUGUGGUUCCCCGGACAGUGACAUGUGGCGAGGGACAAGCAUCGCGUCACUGCGGCGCAAAGCGCUGGAGCACACAGUGUCCAUGAGUUUCACUUAGUGACUUUUGAAAGAAUCCCCACCGAACCCCUCUCCUCAUAACUUCAUCUCCAAGCCCCACCGUGCGGCUCUUUUUCUGAUUUUAUUCCCGCUAUUAGAUCAAAUGACAUAACGAGCGAACUAAUCAGGCCUGAAAUGUGAGAAAAUGGAGACUGUAUGUGACAUCUAGACAUAAUGAAAAAAGAGAAAAGGACAACACAGAUGGACAACUGGAAGAAAAAACAUCAUGGGUUUGGGGUUAUGUAUCUUGUUAAUUCAAAAAUGAUUUUUUUAUCAACUAUUGAUGAUAAAUGCUAUUGUAAUGAUCUCUAGAAUAUAGGCCCUAAUUAUUGAGAGCCAAACAAUCGUCGUAUUUACGUUUUUAUUGGGUGCGUCUUUACGCACACAUGUUAUUGUGUUCAGGUGAAGUUGUGUUAUGUCAAACGGAUAUUUAUAAGAUUGGGUAUACAUUUUGGUAACAGCCUACCACACACGCACCAUACUGUAGGCAGGCCUAUUGAACUGGGUCUCGGGCAUGCACUGUGCAUGUGGAUUUAAACGCUUGGAUAAUUUAAGGAGAAACCGGUGCCCACUCAAAUUAAUUGAGGUACUUUUCUUAGGCGACCUCAGUCUCGUUUGCAUGAGACGGGAGCAUACAUCUAAAGAGGAAAAAAACAAAUAUUUCAGUAGGCCUACGCUGUUUUAGGAUGUUUUGUGUAGAUAAAACAUUCUUGCUAUGUACCCGCUGGUCUUUUUUGUGACAUGUUUUAACUUAUUGUAUGUGCUAUUACUUAAUACAUUUCUUAAAUGUUUGAUCUUACAUCGAAAUGCACCACAUUGACGGGUUUGUACCAAUUUAAAAUGAACAAACAAAUAAAAGUAAUUUUCA